AUGGAUCCCAGAUUGUUAUUGGUGUUGUGCGUAACACUCUCGUGUUAUUACUUCGCGUCUGCGCAGAAAGAGAGGCGAGUCGUGAAGCCCCCGCCGACGAGGUUCACGUGCCAGGGCCGCGCCUCUGGCUACUACGCCGACGUGGAGACCGGUUGCCAGGUGUACCACAUGUGCGACGGGCUGGGGCGUCAGUUCAGCUACUCGUGCCCCAACACCACGCUCUUCCAGCAGCGGAUGCUGGUCUGCGACCACUGGUACAUGGUCAACUGCUCCAAGUCCGAGAGCGAUUACGACGCCAACCUGCUGAUAGGUCAGCGGGACAAGCCGUUCGUGUCGGAUGAGGAUAUGCGUUCUCGUACGCCUCGGCCCGACAUCCUGUCUGUGCCCCCCAACAGCAACUAUUACGAGGGCCUGAGAGAGGCUGAGACAAAGUUCCCCAUCCACCCAGGCAACAGCAUCGUGGGCGUCGCCGACUCUAUCGCCGACGUCGAAAACAACGACUUGGAUGGCGGCAAACAGAGCUUCCCGUCCCCUACUUCCUGGUCCAGCGGGAGGCGCUCUCCGAACGUGUUCAGCGAUAAAAGCGCUGGGACUAAUGUCAAACAUAGCCAGGACAGCAUCAACGAGGCCUCGCAGAAGAUAGAACCCGCCUUAGUACCAAACCCCGACAAAAAUGCCAAUAGAAGCAUGGUAACCAUACCACCUCCAUCGCGAGAACUCAGCCCUCCGUUCUCUCCGACCACCGAAGGGUCAGACGUUACAGGGCGGGAGAGGAAAGAGGACCCAGUGUUCAACUUCAUUAAACGCUUCGACCCAAACCUUCCGGAGGCCCACAAGACCUCCAUGACGAAGACCCAAAUCGUCGACAUAAAUCAGCAACUGCCCGCGGGCCAAGUCAGCUCCGAGGAGGAGCGAACGCCACGGAGGAACAAAGACUUCGGCAACAACUCGAACAAACUUCAAGGCGAUAGCAAAGGUGUCGUCGAGAGCAAUAGAUUCGACUCAGUCAACGUGAAAUCCGGCAAAGCCACUGAGCCGACGGCCUCCGUCGACGCCGAUCGGGUUCCAGUGCCCGAAACGCGUCUGCUGCCGCCCAAAACCGAGUACUCUCAAAUACCCUCGACCACGAUGGGCCCGCCGAUAUACUACGAGUGGAAAUGGGCCGUGCCGGCGUUCGACUUGGAGCCACCCAAGCCGAGUAACGGGACGAACUCCACCGCUGCACCAAAUAAAAGGAAGGCGCAAGGGAGGCGGCCGUUCAGCGAAGACCGCUCCACCACCACACCGGCACCGCCGGAGCCGCUCAACACGGAGUACAACAUCAGCUCGUACUUCGUGCCAGACUACGUGUUCCCCCUGGACCAGCCGCAUCCGGGAUACGACGGGGAGGACGCCGAGACCUCCUUCCGGGUGAGGGUGUCCAGGCCCGGCCGGGCCAGUUACGGGGAGAACGAGAAGUGCCCCCACUGCCACCCGGCCUACGUCGAGCCCGGCACCUGCGAGCCGUGCAUUGUGAAGCGG